AUGAUUCGCUACUGUAUUAUUUCGCUGGUGCUUUCUCUACACUCAAUCGAUGCCUACAAAUUCCUUGUCUAUUCUCCCAUAUUCGGCUAUUCCCAUACAAACUUUAUGGGCGUUAUAGCGGACAUCCUAACGGAAGCAGGACAUGAUGUGACUGUUUUGAUGCCAUUAAUGGAUAUGGACGAAGUAAAUAGGACUGGAGUGAAGUUGACAACGAAAAUCAUUCGAACACCACAAGAUCCACGGGUUGAAGAAUGGAUGAAAUAUAAAUCAAGUUGGCUUAGCCAUAUGUGGACAAUGCAGCCAAGUGUAUUCGCGCUUAUGCAGAUGGCACGAAAUAUGACCGUUGCAUUCGCGGCUCAAUGUGAAGCUUUAAUCACUGAUGAUGCACUAAUGAAGAAGUUAGCGGAUGAGAAGUUUGAUGUCGGUAUUGCGGAAGCUUUCAGCAUCUGUGGUUUAGGGAUAAUCGAAGCUCUGAAGAUCCCAUCUUCAAUUGCCACGUUUUCUGGUGUACAUAUGGAUAUUGUAUCGAAAAGUAUUGGAGAGCCAAUAGUUCCAAGUUACGUCCCAGGACAUAUGGCCAUCAAAGGCGAUCGUAUGAACCUCAUCGAUCGGCUGAUGAACAUUGCCGACAUGGUGUUGGGGCAGAAGUUUUUUGGCGACAUUUUCAUUGAAGAAAUCAAAGUUUUACGAGCCAACUCAUGGCCUCCAUCACCUGAUUGGAUUCAGAAUUGGGGAAGUGGGGAAACGCUGGCUUAUGUUUCGCGCGGUCUCCCAUCCUGUCAUCCUGUGAGUUGGAGGGGUUUAGAUAUGGAGAAGGGCUAUCCACAAGAACACAAUUGCGAAAAUGAUCAUCUAGUGAUUCCCCGAAAAGACAAAAAAGAACUCUUUUUUCAGGAACUUCUCGCUGAUGCUUCUUAUGUUUUCACAAAUUCAAACCCCUAUCUCGACUAUCCUCGUCCGAUGCUUCACAAAACAGUCCCCCUUGGGGGAAUAACUGUUCAUAUCGAUCCCAUGAAGAAUGUUCUUCCAAAGAAGUGGGAUGACAUUUUGAACGAGAGAAACACUACCGUAUUCGUAUCGUUUGGUUCAGUGGCUAAAUCGAUGUACAUGCCAGAUGAAUAUAAGAAAAAUCUUCUGAAAGUCUUCGAAAGCAUGCCUGAAACGACGUUCAUAUGGAAAUACGAAGAAGAAGGUUCAAAAUUGGGCGCUCAUCUUAAGAAUGUUCACCUCAGUACAUGGGCACCACAGAACGCUCUUCUCGCUGAUCCUCGUCUGACAGUUUUCAUCACCCAUGGAGGUUUGGGUAGCACCACCGAGCUGGCUCAUCUGGGAAAACCAGCUAUACUUAUGCCGAUCUUUGCUGAUCAGACCAGGAACGCCAAUAUGUUGGCUAAACACGGUGGAGGUAUUGUACUGACCAAAUUCGCUUUGGAAAAUCCACAGAUCAUCAAAGAUGCUUUGAAAAAGAUCUUCAACGAUAAAAGCUUCUCUCAGAAUGCUAAACGAUUAUCGGAAAUGCUCCGGAAUCAACCCAUCAAUACCGAGGAGCUUCUCAUUAGAUACAGCGAAUUCGCUGCAAAAUUCGGGCGUCUCCCAAAUCUUGAUCCCUACGGAAGGCACUUAUCUUUCAUUGAAUAUUUCCUCAUUGAUAUUUUUCUUGUUGUUAGCAGUAUCAUUGUUCUUGUUGCCUUUAUUGCCUUUAAAAUUUUUCUCAUCUACUCUCCUUUAUACGGCUAUUCUCAUACAAACUUUAUGGGAGCCAUAGCAGACACCCUGACGGAAGCUGGCCAUGAUGUGCAGCUGGCUGAUGAGAAAUUCGACGUGGGAGUUGCUGAAGCUGUAGGCAUAUGCGGUUUAGGUAUAUUUGAAGUUUUAAAAACCCCAUCUUCAAUUGUUACUUGCUCUAAUGUACAUAUUGAUAUCGUGUCGAGAAGCAUUGGAGAGCCGUUAGUCCCGAGUUACGUUCCCGGUAAUCAAGAGCACAUGAAGGAUAAGGAUGCUGAGUAUCUACAGACAGAAACAUCAACAUUUCUUACGACUACUUUGAAAAUCUAUAAAAAACUAUGGUCUUUCCUUCAGGAAAUCCUUGCAGAUGCUUCUUUUGUUUUCACAAACUCAAAUCCUUACCUUGACUAUCCCCGUCCGAUGCUUCACAAAACCAUUCCGCUCGGUGGAGUGGCUGUUCGUGUAGAUCCCAAGAAAAAUGUUCUCUCGAAGGACUGGGAUAGCAUUUUAAACGAAAGGAACACAACCGUAUUCGUAUCGUUCGGCUCAGUGGCCAAAUCAAUCUACAUGCCGGAUGAAUAUAGGAAAAAUCUUCUGAAAGUCUUCGAAAGCAUGCCUGAAACGACGUUCAUAUGGAAGUACGAAGAGGAAGGUUCAAAGUUGGCCGCUCAUCUCAAGAAUGUCCACCUCACCACAUGGGCACCCCAGAACGCUCUUCUUGGUAAGCUUUAUUUCCUCCCAACCCAUUUCCUUUUACCCUCAAUCAAAGCUUUGUCCUCCAACAGCCCUUCUGACGACAACGAAAUUUCAGCUGAUCCUCGCCUAACAGUUUUCAUCACACAUGGAGGCUUGGGUAGCUCUACCGAGCUGGCUCACUUGGGUAAACCAGCUAUCAUUAUGCCUGUUUUUGCUGAUCAAGUCAGAAAUGCUAAUAUGCUCGGUAAACACGGUGGAUGUAUUGUUCUGACGAAGCUCGCCUUAGAAGAUCCUCAGAUCCUCAAAGAUGCUCUAAAAAAGAUUUUCACAGAUGCAAGCUUCUCUAAAAAUGCUAAACGACUAUCGGAGAUGCUUCUGAAUCAACCGAUCAGUGCUAAGCAGCUUCUCAUCAGUCACAGCGAAUUUGCUGCCAGAUACGGACGUCUACCCAACCUUGAUCCCUACGGCCGACAUUUGUCUUUCGUUGAAUACUUCCUGAUAGACAUUUUCGUUGUUGUUACCAGUACCGUUGUUCUUGUUGUCUUUAUCGCUUUCAGUGUUGUGAGAAGGUGUUUUGCUGGUAAAAGCAAAAGUAAAAAGGAGUAG